AUGAUAGACUGGAAGACAGGCGGCCUGGGAGCCCAGCAUCUGCUGUUCUCGGUUCUGCUUCACACAGCCUGCAAGAUGGGGAGCUGCCAGGUACAUUACUCGGUGACGGAAGAAGCGAAACACGGUACGUUUGUGGGGCGAAUCGCGCAGGACUUGGGUCUGGAAGUCGGGGAGCUGGUGUCGAGGCUGUUCCGGGUGGUGUCCAAAGGUCGCCGGGACUACCUGGAGGUAAAUGUGCAGAAUGGCAUUUUGUUUAUGAAUUCACGGAUCGACCGCGAGGAACUGUGCGGCCACAACCCUGUUUGUAGCAUCCACCUGGAGGUGAUUGUGGAGAAACCGCUGCAGGUUUUCCAUGUGGAGGUGGAGAUCAAGGACAUUAAUGACAACCCUCCUGUGUUUUCCUUAAGACAAAAGAAUCUGUUUGUUUCUGAAUCCAGCCCACUAGACUCUAGGUUCCCACUAGAGGGCGCAUUGGAUGCGGAUAUUGGAGAGAAUGCUUUGCUGACCUAUAGCCUCAGUCCUAAUGAAUAUUUCGCUUUGGAUGUAAAGAAAAAGGAUGAGAAAAUGAAUUCCCUUACGCUUGUUUUGAAGAAAGCUCUAGAUAGAGAGGAAACCACUGAACAUCAUUUGUUACUGACUGCCACUGACGGAGGAAAACCUGAGCUCACUGGUACCAUUCAAUUGCUGAUCACAGUGCUGGAUGUGAAUGACAAUACCCCAGAGUUUGAGAGGACAGUUUAUAAGGUGAGAUUAUUCGAAAAUGUACCGAAUGACAGUUUAGUAACGAAAAUGAAUGCCUCAGAUUUGGAUGAAGGAUUAAACGGGGAAAUUAUUUAUUCGUUCACUAGUGAUGUUUCCUCUAACGUACAGAACAAGUUCCACAUAGACCAAGUCAAUGGUGAGAUCAAGAUAAAGGGAAAUAUAGAUUUCGAAGAAACAAAAUUAUUUGAAUUCCAGGUAGAAGCAACUGAUAAGGGGACUCCUCGCAUGGUUGGCCAUUGUACAGUCCUGGUCGAAAUCAUGGAUAUCAACGAUAAUGCCCCUGAAGUUGCGGUGACAUCACUAUCACUUCCUGUCAGAGAAGAUGCACCCUCUGGUACAGUCAUUGCCUUAAUCAGCGUGUCUGACCGUGACUCCAGUGCUAACGGGCAGGUGACUUGCUCGCUGUCGCCUCCUGGGCCGUUCACGCUGGUGUCCACUUUCAGGAAUUACUACUCGCUGGUCCUGGAGGGUCAGGUGGACCGCGAGACUGUGCCUGCCUAUGAACUGGUGGUGACAGCCAGGGAUGGCGGGACGCCGGUUCUGUGGGCCACGGCCAGCGUGUCAGUGGACAUCGGAGACGUGAAUGACAACUCACCUGCCUUCCAGCAGCCUGUGUAUACUGUGUUUGUGAAGGAGAACAACCCUCCCGGCUGUCACAUCUUCACUGUGUCGGCCUCCGACCCGGAUGCGCAGGAGAACGCUCUGGUGUCUUACUCUGUAGUAGAACGCCAGGUAGGCGAGCGUCCACUGUCGAGCUACGUGUCUGUGCACUCAGAGAGCGGCAAACUGUACGCUUUACAGCCCCUGGACCACGAGGAGCUGGAGCUGUUGCAGUUCCAAGUGAGAGCCCGCGACGCAGGCUUCCCUCCUCUGAGCAGCAACGUGAACCUGCAGGUGUUCAUACUGGACGAGAACGACAAUCCACCUGUAGUGCUGCCACCUCACGCUGGCGUUAGCCCAGUGACUGAACUAGUGUCGCAGUCGGUGACUGCAGGCCAUGUGGUGGCGAAGAUUCGGGCUGUGGAUGCAGAUUCUGGUUACAACGCGUGGCUGUCCUACGAGCUCCUGUCGGAGGUGGGCGUUGGGCGCAGCCCUUUUCAAGUAGGUCUGUACACUGGCGAGAUAAGCACGACUAGGGCCUUGGAGGAAUUUGAUGGGCCGAAACAGAUGCUGCUGGUGUUGGUGAAGGAUCACGGGGAUCCUGUGCUGUCUGCCACAGCUACUCUGAUGGUAUCCCUGGUGGCAAGCGGACAAACCCUGAAGACGUUUAGUGCAGGCCAUGCAAAAAUGAAAGAGGGGAUUAGGAAAGAGGCACAGCUGGUGGAUUUUAACGUGUAUCUGAUCAUAGCUAUCUGCUCGGUUUCCAGUUUGUUGGUGCUGAGUUUGCUGUUCUAUAUGGCAAUGCGGUGCUCUGCGCCUCUGGAGAGCCUCUACUGUCCAAGAAAGCCAACAGUAGUGUGUUCGAGUGACGUGGGGAGCUUAUCUUAUUCUCAGCAGCUGCAGCCGAAGAUUUGCUCUGGAGAGGGAGCCACUAAGAGGGACCUAAUGGCCUACAGCCCCAACUUCCCCUCUUGUUUGGGGGACAGAGGUCAGCAGCAGGAGAUGGUUUCAGAAACUGGGAAGAGGACUUGUGAUGUUUUUUUCUGGACAGGCAGCCUGGGAAGCCGGCAUCUAUUGCUUUCAUUUACACUUAAUACAGCCUGCGGGGUGGGGAGCGGCCAGGUCCAUUAUUUGGUACCGGAGGAAGCGAAACAUGGUAUGUUUGUGGGGCGAAUUGCGCAGGACUUGGGUCUGGAGGUCGGGGAGCUGGUGUCGAGGCUGUUCCAGGUGGUGUCCAAGGGCAGCAGGGACUACUUGCAGGUAAAUGUGCAGAACAGCAUUUUGUUUGUGAAUUCAAGGAUCAAUCGGGAGGAGCUGUGCGGCCAAAAUCCAGUUUGUAGCAUCCACCUGGAGGUGAUCACGAACAAACUACUGCAGGUUUUCCAUAUGGAGGUGGAGAUCAAGGACAUUAAUGACAACUCACUCUUGUUCCCAGUGAAGGAACAAAAGCUGUUUAUUCCCGAAUCCAGGUUGCCAGACUCUAAAUUUCCGCUAGAGGGUGCGUCUGACCCUGCUGUUGGGAGUAACACCUUGCUUACGUACUCACUCAGCAUCAAUGAUUACUUCAUUCUAGAUGUAAAAUCAAAGAACGAUCAAGACAAAUUGGUUGAGCUAGUGAUGAAAAAACAAAACAAAAAAACACUAGACAGAGAGGAAGUUCCUGAGCAUCACUUAAUACUGACAGCCACAGGUGGGGGCAAACCUGAACUCACGUGCACAGUGCAGCUGCUCAUCACGGUCCUGGAUGUGAAUGAUAAUGCCCCCACUUUUGAACGAUCCGAAUACGAAGUGAAGAUAUUAGAAAAAGCAGCCAGUGGGACCUUAGUGAUCAAAUCGAAUGCCUCUGAUGCGGAUGAGGGCAUCAGUCAGGAGAUAUUAUACUCUUUCAAUAGUCUUGCUACACCGCUAUUAAAGACACGUCUUAUAAAUCCAGAUACAGGAGAAAUUACAUUUCAAAGAAAGUUGGACUUCGAAUAUGUAAAUUCAUAUACACUUAGAGUUGACGCAACAAAUAAAGGGAACCUGCCCAUGGUUGGACACCGAGUGGACGUCCAGGAUACCAAUGAUAAUGUCCUGAAGUUGGCGGUGUCAUCACUGUCAAUUCCUGUCAGAGAGGAUGCUCUACCAGGCACAGUUAUCGUCCUUAUCAGUCUGUUGGACCGUGACUGUGGAGCCAACGGACAGGUUACUUGCUCGAUGUCACCCUCCUCGCCUUUCACGUUGGUGUCCACUUUCAGGAAGUACUACUCGCUGGUGCUGGAGAGCUCCGUGGACCGUGAGAGCAUGCCGGCCUAUGAACUGGUGGUGACAGCGAAGGAUGGCGGGUCUCCAGCGCUUUGGAUCACUGCCAGCCUGACUGUGGGUAUCGCUGACGUUAACGAUAACGUGCCUGCCUUCGAGCAGCCUUUGUACACCUUGUUCGUGAAAGAGAACAAUGCACCAGGCCGUCACAUCUUUACAGUGUCUACAUUGGACCCUGAUGCUCAGGAGAAUGCAUUAGUGUCUUGCUCCCUGGUGGAGCGGUGGGUUGGGUAACGUCCUCUAUCGAGCUACUUGUCUGUGCACUCGGAGAGCGGCAAAGAGUACGACUUGCAGCCGUUGGACCACGAAGAGCUGGAGCUGCUGCAGUUCCAGGUGAGCGCCCGGGACGCAGGCUUCCCUCCUCUGAGCAGCAACGUGAGCCUGCAAGUGUUUGUGCUGGACAAGAACGACAACGCGCUGGUUGUGCUGCCGCCUCACGCUGGCUUUAGCCCAGUGACCUAAGUGGUAUCACAGUCCGUAGCUGCGGGCCACGUAGUGGUGAAGAUCCCGGCAGUUGACGUGGAUUCUGGUUACAAUGCGUGGCUGUCUUAUGAGCUGCUGCCGGAGGUGGGCAGUGGACACAGCCCUUUCCGCGUGCGUCUGUGCACUGGCGAAAUCAGUACUGCUCGGGUCCUGGAUGAGUCGGAUGAACCGAGGCAGACACUCCUUGUGUUGGUGAAAGAUCAUGAAGAGCCCUCAUUGAAGGCUACUGCAACAGUGACUGUGUCACUUGUAGAGAUCGGGAAGAAGUUUAAAAGUUCUGUGGUCCAGGGACCUAACAAAGAGCAGAAGGCCUUGGUGGAUGUGAAUGUCUAUCUGAUCAUUGCCAUCUGCUCAGUGGUGUGGAAUCUGUUGCUAUAUGUGGCACUUCAGUGCUCCUCACCUCCGCAGGGCUUUCAUGGGCCUGGGAAGUACACUCCAGUGUAUUCAAACACUGUAGGGAACUGGUCUUAUUCCCAUCAGCAAAGACAGAAGAUUUGCUCAGGGAAGGGCGCUGUCAAGAACCAUCUUACGGCUUUCAGCCCGAAUCUUCCACCAUGUCCAGAUUCUCAGGAUGGAAAACAGGCAGAGCACAUGCAGAACUUGGGGAAAGUGAGUGUGACCUUUUACCUUUGA